CACAUUACCAACCCAACUGCCCCUCAAUCUAUCUCAUGAUUUCAACCUAAGACUGUUGAAUCACCCUUCUUUAACUUUUACUUAAUUCAUAAAAGAUCUUCACCUCUCUUAAGCUAUUGUCUUAACUCCUACAAAACACCAACAAAGCUGACCGAAUCCCUUGAUUCAAGAGCCAAGACUGUACUCAAGAUACCGACGUCUCCUUUAUCGAAGAAGGCUGCUGGGACGGAGAGGUAGAAGAGCUAAUAACCUCAUUCUCUACUAUCGAAGAGCUCUACGAAACCCUUCGCGUCAGAAACGAUAACAAUAAAAUCGAUAUGGCUUUAAAGUUCGCCCCAUUUGCUUCUGAAAUAGAGCUACCGUUUUACACGGCUCUUUCCCAGUUAAAGAUCGAUCAUGAUAAGUUAGAUGAUUCUGCAAGACCGGUUCUCGGUUUAUAUGAACCAAGAGCUACACAAAGUCCUGAUCAGAGUUCUCGUAUGAGAGUUCUCGGUAAUGCUUUGAGUAGUAACGAGUAGGAUUCACCAUCAUGUUUGGAAUACGCGUACUGAUUCAUUCAUAGAGUUCCUCUGGGUCAUAUUCGAGCUGAGGGUAUAAUCAAGAAUGUCAAUACCAUCGAGGACUUUAAGAAUACGGACAAACAAGCAAUGUUACAAACUUCUGCCAAACAGGUGAGUCUCGUGAUUUUCCGGACUACUCGCUUCAAUACAGUUCUGACAGGAGUAGAUUUGGGAUGCAAUUAAUGAUGGCACCAUUUAUUCUAUUCCUUCAUUACUUUCUUCAUUCACUAUUUUGUCUUUUGCAAAUUUGAAAAAAUAUACUUUUACUUACUGGUUUGCUUUUCCUGCCCUACAUUCGGAGCCGGCAUGGAGGAAAGUUGAGCAACCGCCCAAAUUCAGCGCUGAGGAAACCACAGCGCUCACGGAGGAGCUUGGUACGUGGCGUUACAGCCACGAUAAUAGGGAACAUGGAUUCUUUCUAGCCAAGCGAGUAUAUUCUUCAUCGAAACAGCCCCAAGAUCCGGAAAACGAGUCGCACUCCGAUUUGCCAUUCAAAUGGGUUAUUGGAUCAUUAAGAGAAUUUGAGGAUGGUUUCUUCAAUGGUGUAGAUGCAAAAGACCAAUACGUAUCUUUCGUUGACCCAUCCACUUACCUCGAAAAUCCAGGGUGGAUGUUACGGAACCUUUUAGUUUUAAUUAGACGCAGAUACAAGCUCGACAAAGUCCAGAUACUUUGCUACAGAGAUAAUCACGCAAAAAGGCAUGUGCCCCAAAGUUUAAUCUUAGUUUUGGAGAGUAUUCACGACCCAGAAUAUCAGUCAACUGGCCCUGAUGAGACACCUAAAGUCACGGGUUGGGAGCGUAAUAGUCUUGGGAAGCUUACUGCGAAAGUCACCAACUUGGCUCAAUAUAUGGAUCCAGCUCAACUUGCUGAUCAAGCGGUUGAUCUUAAUCUCAAAUUGAUGAAAUGGCGCAUUGCACCUGAAUUGGACUUAGAUGCUAUUAAAACCACAAAAUGUCUAUUACUUGGAGCUGGAACACUUGGGACAUAUGUUUCGAGACUACUUAUGGGUUGGGGAGUGCGCAAGAUUACCUUUAUCGACAAUGCAUCGGUUUCAUUUUCAAAUCCGGUUCGGCAGCCAUUGUUUGAUUUCAAGGAUUGUAUAGAUGGUGGUGCCAAAAAGGCAUACCGAGCAGCUGAAGCUCUCCAAGAGAUAUAUCCCGGAGUUGACAGUACUGGACAUGUAAUGUCAGUGCCCAUGCUUGGACAUCCAAUUACAGAUGAAGCUGCUACAAAAACGGACUUUGAACUUUUACAAAAGCUUAUUGAAGACCACGAUGCAAUCUUCUUAUUAAUGGAUACCCGAGAGAGUCGAUGGCUUCCAACUGUUAUGGGAAAGGCGGCUGGAAAAAUCGUUAUGAAUGCAGCUUUAGGAUUUGACACGUAUGUCGUGAUGAGACAUGGGGUUACUCCAGAAGAUGGUGGACCUGCUGCGCUUGGUUGUUACUUUUGUAAUGAUGUUGUAGCGCCAUCUGAUGUGAGUACUUGAUUUUUUUCUAUGAACAUAUCAUUCGCUAACAUUAGUGUCACAGUCUGUGAAAGAUCAAACUCUUGAUCAACAAUGCACUGUCACUCGGCCGGGUGUAGCUCCUGAAGCAUCUUCCAAACUUGUAGAACUUCUUGCUUCAGUUCUUCAACAUCCAUUGCGAGGUGCCGCACCAGCUCCAAAACUCUCGGCAAACCAGCAAUCAGGCCAAAUGGAAUUCGAUCGCGAUCCACCCAACCAUCCUCUAGGUCUUGUGCCUCAUCAGAUCCGAGGUUUCUUGUCUGCUUACAAGACCAUGCUAAUCAGCGGUCCUUCGUACGAUUGCUGCUCAGCCUGCUCGCCGAAAAUUGUGAAUGCUUACAAAGAGGACGGAUGGGAAUUCAUCAAGCGCGCGUUAACUGAGAAAGAUUACAUCACAGAAUUGAGUGGACUAGCUGAAGUUCAACGUAAAGCCGAAGAAGCAGCAAAUGAUGUAGAGUGGGAUAGUGAAGAGGAGGGAGUAGAGGAUGAAGAGGCCGAAUUACUUUAACCUUGAGCUUUAUAUAUGUUUUCGGACAUUGGAGUGGCGUUUGCGCUUGCGCUAUACCUGGGAUUGUUAAUGAUGGUUAUGAUUUAUGGUUGUAUCGGCGUUUUGUAGUUAGUGGUGGAGGUCAGCUUUUGGUUAGCGGGUUUGUUUGAUAGUUUAGAUUGGUUGUUGGUCUGAUGAUUACAGCUAUUCAGCUAUUCAGCUAUUCAGGAAUUCGAGGUUCUGGGGACUCGGCAUAAUGAAAUGGGUUUUUGGAAAGAGGAUCAUGAUAUUAU